AUGACUCAUGCAGCUCCCCGCUCACGCGGUUGUCACCUCUUGCGAGAACUUCGACCUCGUCGAAUGAGCCGUCACCCGAAAGAUGGCGUCAUUGCCAAUAGAAGCGAUGGCGUCAUUGCCAAUAGAAGCGAUGGCGUCAUUCCUCUGCCCUGCCACAGCGUGUUCGGCCAUUCGCGUGAACGCAUUUGUAGGUAGAUCGCCCUGAGUGAGAGUAGAAGGAAUCGACCGUCAUUGAGGUGGAGUUCACUGCAGUCUUGGAAAUUUUCCACGCGUGGUGGGGACGGUAGCCCACGGACUGGCAAACUCCAAUUCCUUGCACAGCACAGGCCCCACACCGACUCCAGCCAAUGGUUCAAAGGUCCUUGUGGAUGUGAGCCCACGGAAACAAGGCACUAUACUUGAACACAUUUCAGGAGUAACCAUCCAACUCAAACCACUCUAGAACCGCCAGUUCAAGUGUUGAAAGAUGAUGUGCCUCGUAUUCCUCAUAGGGAAGGACUGAAUUGAGGGAUACACGCAGCUUCCGGAGGCUUGGUAAAUACAAGUAAAAUUACAUAAGAGGACAGUUACUUUUCUUUAAUAAAUAAGCAAACAUCAAUAAGGGCAAGCUGACAGGUGUUUCUGGGAUGAUGAAGCACCGAAAAGUAGCAAUUGUGGCACCAGUCUUGCGCGCAUCUUGUAUCAUGGGUGGAAGCGUGUCUACUUCAGUGGGGAACUUGAUUGGUCGAUUCACCUGACUGUGAUUGGCCAAUUUCGCUAAACGUGAUUCGUCAGUUUGUCUGAUUAUGAUUGAUCGGACAGCAUACGGUACCUCACAGAGCCAGAAGCUGAUCUGACGUGUUGAGGAACGUCAUACAAUGCUUCAUGGUGUAAGCCAAGUCCACGGACGUUGGUGCGUACACGUGAUCAAGCGCAAGACUGAUUGGCAGUGUGGUAGAAAACCCUGGGAGUGAGGUAAGUUAAGGCGCAGAGUGACUGUUUGUUUGCUUUGUGUGGUGAAAGCACCACACAUCGGAUCCGACCUAGAUAAACCUCAUUCUCCCACUCCUCCCCCAUAUCAAUGACAGAUCUGUUUCCAGCCGCCAGGUUUCCCUUCCUCAGAGUUUGAUUUGACUGAAGGUGGAGCUUCCAUAAAGGCCAUAUCAAGACAAACACAACACUGUGCGAUCACCAUUCGGAAGGAGAAUCAAGUUAUCUCGUCAGGGAACAAACUUGCAGUGGCCGAAUUUUGAAAGUUAAACGCUUCCACAGCCCCACAUUUGGAAGAUAUUCGUCCUUCGGCAUGCCUCGAGAUGAACCCAGUUUACCUUCUUCCCGGGUGCCCCUUCUGUAGCGGCUUUGGUGAUUGGUGCAUCGUUUGCCCCAAAAACGGGCUACGCAGACCAUCACGGAGACCACAUCAGAUUAUGACAGGCAUUAUCGAUUCCCUAACCAUUACGAAUUUCAGGCCCGGUCUCGAAGAGAGAGAGAAGUUCGGACGCAAGUAGAUAGCGCAGAAUGAUUGCAGAACAGGUUGGAACAAGUUGGCUUUGAAGUUGGUUGGCGAUCUGGAUAGUUGUGAUUGGUCGAGAACAAGACGGGCGCCGGUACGUACGACAAAGUACAGUCAGUGACCGAUCUCACGAAAUGUUGACCGAAAUUUUGAAAUGCAUAUUCGAUCAUAAAGGAUUACUCCGGUGUAGUUGUAAUAUUGAUUGCUUUGCGCCAUAAUGCAGCGAUAUCCCCGGCAUGCCAGGAUGUUGGCCUUUACAUUAACUCCUUUUCGGCCACCUGUUAUGACUGAACUCGGCAAAAAUGACUACUUGAACAGUAAUUAUUUGUUAUUGAUUUCCGAUGCCCUUCUGAAUUAAAAUAUAUUUUGCGGAAAACUGCCAUAAAAAUAUUCGUUCGUGUACUCAUUUGGUAAAAAAUCACGUCUUCUUCAAAUUUUAUACUCAAAUAAAGGGUAUCUUCUGGUUUUAAAAAAGUUUCUCAAUUCCAGAAUAAUUUGAGCUCGAUCUGCCGUUGCAAUGGCGUCUACGGUUUCUAGUCUACUAGCCGUAUGCUUCCUGCUCACUCAUGACGAAUGCCAAUACUCGGGUGCGGCGACAUGUCCCGUUGCAGGCCCAGGGCGCGCCAUUUUCGAUGAAUGUUUAUUGUGGGUGAGAUGGUACGCCUAGGCGCGGGUUCACGCUGCGCCAACCACCUGCGGCCUCUCCCGCCUUUGGUCUUCUUGACUUGGUCAUGCGGUAUAUUCUGCGCAAGUCUGCCAUCCCUACAAACUAAUUCGCGCGCAAUUCACGUCCCUGCCCUCGCCUUACUGAGGAUCGCACGGUGGACAUCGUCGAAAUUGACAGUCGAACUGUCGGGUACAUCGUAGCUACCACAAUAAUCAUGACCCGGUCGCGUUUUCGAUCAGAAGUACUCGACACGGAGAUUCGGUGAUUGCCAGAGACGUUCGGUUAUUGGGUGCUCAUGGUGUUUCGGUUGGCCUGUUACUGACUGUCCUCGACAACGGAUGUUUGUAUGUUCCAGGCCCACAAGAACAGUGAUCAUGGAAUUUCUAGCACGGCGUAGGUGCCAGAGGCAGGCAGCUUAUAGGCGCUUGAGGUGCUGCAUGAACUCGCCGGGUAGUAUACCGACCGAAAUUGUCAGGCCUUAAAUCCACUGGCGGGCCUGAAGGUCGUGAUAACCAGGGUAACGCACUCGGCUUAGACUCCUGUGAUACACUUGCUUCAUUAGAUAUUUCAGAGGAGUUGCUUAUUGGUUGUUUUAAAGAUCGACCGGCCCUGAAGCAAAUUGUGAGUCUUUGCGGUCAGUGUACGUUAUGUGGUGGGCAACUCUGUAAAAGUUUUCGGUGGCGAGGUCCUUAGAAUAGAUACGGUUUCGGCUGCUGACCUGCAAUCAUUUAUGUAGGUGCCUUGAAGUUCACCGAGACUACCGUAUUUGAAUAUUGAUUAUUCCUGUAACGUUUGUUCGGACUUGGAAACACUUCUCUGUCGUUAAGUAAAGUUUAAUUGUGAUUGGAUGGAUGGGAAUAGUUCGUCCCGAAGGUUGGAAAUAAUUCACUGGUUGCUUAUUGGUGGCUUUACAGUUGAUCAUCUGUCUGAAAUUGCCGACUGUGUGCAGACAUCUAAACCAGUUUCCCCGGAAGUCGGCACUAACCGCGAUCAUUUGUUCUUUUUUUCCAUUGGACUUGCUGCGCCAGUUUGUCUGUAGCGCCGGAGGUGGUGGUGGUGGUGGUGGUGGUGGUGGUGGUGGUGGUGGUGGUGGUGGUGGUGGUGGUGGUGGUGGUGGUGGUGGUGGUGGUGCCCACACUGUCCCCGCACAUUCGCCUCCCGCAUCGGCCUAG